AUGAAUCCGGGGGCUUCCGGAUCCCUAACAACAGAUGACAAGGGGAAUGUUCUUGGACUGUACAGAAUGCAAGACAUAAACAAUCAACUGGGAUACGUGGAACCCCUUAGAUCCAAAGGAAUAUACAGGAAUGGAAAAAUAGUGAUGCCAGAAGUUUACGGGAUCAUUAACCAAAUAGAAGAACUGGCGCCUGAAUUCAGAAAAUAUACGGAUAUCGAACUCAGACACAAAACCGAAUCCUAUUUCAAGAGAAUAGCGCUAGGAGAGAGCAUAGAUGACCUUCUUCCGGAAGCUCUAGCCACAGUAAGAGAAGCCUGUUACAGAGUUCAUGGUCUAUUUGCCUACAAAACACAACUUACCAGCGCUCUGAUCAUAUAUGAAGGCAACUUUGCCGAGAUGAAGACUGGAGAAGGAAAAACCCUUACCAUUGCUCUUGCGGCAUAUAUUGGAUCCCUAAGCGGUAAAGGACUCCACGUUGUUACGGUCAAUGACUAUCUAGUUAAAAGAGACUCAGAGUUCUGCAGGAAGAUACUGAACUUUCUUGGAGUUACGGUUGGGUUUAUCACCUCCAACCUCACUCCCGAGAUGAAGAAGAAAAUGUAUGCUUGCCAGGUUACAUACACCACAAAUUCAGAGCUGGCCUUCGACUAUCUGAGAGACAACAUGGUCUACGAUGAAAAGGACAUUCUCAUUCCCUCCCUCAACUUCGCAAUCAUUGACGAAGGUGAUUCAGUUCUUAUAGACGAGUCCAGAACUCCAUUGAUUAUUUCUGGCCCGGCGGAAGAAAGUGCCCAAUCCUACAUAGACGUUGACCAACUAGUAAAGCGACUCAGUCCAGAAGACUAUCUGGUAGACCAGGAGACCAAAACAGUAUCUCUACUUAACACCGGCAUCUUCAAGAUAGAACACAUGCUAGGAAUACCCAAGCUCUAUGUCUUCGAUAACUCUGCUCUAAUCCACAAGAUACAGAAUGCACUGGUUGCCAACUACCUAUUCGAAAAUGGAAAGGAGUACAUCGUAGGAAAAAACGAAGAGGGAGAGGAAGAAAUAAUUAUCGUCGACUACUAUACGGGUAGAUUGCUAUAUGGACAGACAUAUAACGCAGGACUACACCAAGCAAUACAAGCAAAAGAAUGGUUGAAGAUCAAACCAGAGAACAAGGUUAUAGCAAAUAUAACCUACCAAUCCUUCUUCAGGCUAUACAAGAAAAUUGCAGCUCUAUCAGGUACUGCCUUAACCGAGGCCAAGGAAUUUUCCGAAACCUACAACAUGAUAGUUGUGCAAGUACCCACCAACAAACCCAUCAAGAGAAAAGAUCUGCCCGACGUAAUAUUUGCCACUAAGGAAAAGAAACUAAAAGGAAUAGUUGACGAAAUCAAAAGACACUAUGUCACAGGACAACCAAUUCUUGUGGGUACCUCCUCGGUUUUCGAAUCCGAAAAAAUAUACGAAAGACUUCUACAAAACCACAUACCCUGCGAAAUACUAAAUGCCAAAAACCACGAUAAAGAAAGUCUAAUCAUUGCCAAGGCCGGACGUAAACACGCCGUAACCAUAGCAACAAACAUCGCAGGUAGGGGUGUAGACAUUAAGUUAACCCAAGAGGUAAAAGAUCUUGGUGGACUAUUUGUGCUAGGGACCGAAAGAAAUGAAUCCAGAAGAAUAGAUAAUCAGUUGAGGGGUCGUUCCGGAAGACAGGGUGAUCCGGGGAAAUCCAUUUUCUUCAUAUCACUGGAGGACGACAUCUUCAAACGAUUCAUGGGAGAUAAAUUCGAAAAGAUGUCCAAAAAAAUCAAGGAAGAAUUUUUCGACAGUAGAUUCAUCUCCCAGACCCUGAAGGGUCUACAAAAAAAGGUUCAGUCCAUCAACUUCGACAUGAGGAAAAACUUGGUUGAGUAUAGCGAGAUACUGUCCAAACAACAGCAACUCCUAUACAAGCAAAGACACUAUCUUCUGACCAACAAGGACAACCAACAGUUACUCAUAAGAAUAUCAAAGAAGGUGGUUCGACAGCUUAUGAAAGACUUCACCGAAAAGAAUGAACUAGGAAGGCUAAACGUUGACAUGCUUAUAGAGUUCCUAAACAAAGAACUAUUCUUCCAUGAGGUCUUCUCCAAGGAUCACUUUAAACAAAGAGAUGUAAUGGAGAUAGAAGAGAUCAUUACGGAUGUAAUGUGCGAAGCUCUGGAAAAAAAGAAGAACAACAAACUAAGAAACAACGUUCACUUUCACUCUCUGGAACAGAAAUCACCUCUUAACGUCUUCAUAGAGAAGAUAGGAGAAUCCUUCGAGGAAUCUCUGGUAAUCUGCGGUAAGGUGAUCAUACAGAACAUCCUAAACAUCAAAAAUGGAGACAUAGGUCCAGAGACACAUGAAUACCUGAAUAAAUUAACCUCCAUGAGACGUUACUCCAAGGAUUCAUACAGCUCAAAAACCGGAUCACUUCGAAACGAAGAGGAAGUGAAAGACAACGAACUCAUCAUCGAAAACUCCCAUCCGAUUUGGGCAUAA